AAUCCUAUGAGAAGAGAUGAUACUAAAGAAGUAUGCUGCUGUUGCUGUGCGACCCACAUAAAUGCAUCGUUUGAGAUCCAGCGCCAAGCGUACUGUGCUGGUGAAUCUAUAGUGCAUACCGGCGAAGUGAACAAUGGAAGCUCACGUGACCUUGAGCCAUUUAUUGAGUUAUAUCAGAGGGUCCUUUUUAAAGCCACUCGCAAAACUCGCAAGAUUGACAAACUUGUAUGUAAAAUUUCCGAGCCAGAAAUCGGUGAGGGAAAACGUCACGGAUGGAACCAAAAACCUCUCCUUAUCCCACCAAUUGCACCCACUCUAACAAACUGUAGCAUCAUCGAGGCAUCAUACUUUGUCAGGCUGCAUGUGGAUAUUCCAAUGGCGGUGGAUUGCCGUAUUGAUAUUCCGGUAUUGAUUGGUACAAUACCAGCAAAUGUGUACAGCAGUGGAUAUAACACUCAAUAUGGAGUGGUAACACAACAACCGUCUGCACCUCCUGUUGCUUUGCCUGACCCCUACCCAAACCUUCCACCACCAUCGUAUGCUUCAUGUGUGUUUGGAGCAGUGGACAUGAAAGAAGAAGAUACAUCAGACGACGCAUUCAUGGGCAGCACAGGCUUUGUGCCAAUGUAUACAUACUAUGGUCAACCUCCUCCAGCAUCUACCGGUCACAUUUAAGUUAAGCCUACUCCCAGCUUUAACUACAGUACUUGUCAGGUUUAGGCUGAAUUAUCUUUAUCAUCAUUAUAAAAAAUGUGAUAAAAUGUAUAAAUCUUAAAAUUAAAAUAGUGUCGGUUCUUUAUUAUGUAUAAACUAAGACUAGACUAGAUGAAAUUCAUUCAUGAGUAAAUCCUGUAUUAAAGUUAAAACUAACAUUUAUGUGAGGCUUUUAAAUACACUGAUGGUUCCUGUAUAUCAUAGUACAUAGAAAACUACUAUCCUAUUGCAUAUUGUCCAGCUAACAAUUUUACGUUAUAAGAACGUUUUGUGGUAAUAUUAGAAUACACAUAUGUGAGGUAUCACCACGAAAUGACACGCAUUGUUGGUGAAGUCAUAUUGAGAUAUUCACCAAAACAGGCCAAAGUCAGCAUUUUUACAAAAUUUUGAUUUUAAUGUUUUUGAAUAACUUGAUACUUAUAUUUUGUGAUUGUAUACUUUGUAAGUGAAUUUU